AUGGAAUUUAUGCUUGAUUAUUAUUUUUAUUACAGGUUUUAUAUUUAUCAUAUCAAAUAGAUUUCUAAUAACUACUAAUGAUUAAACUUAAAGAAAACAAAUGCUUUAAAACAAUUAUAAAUGCUUUCUGAUUUCUACUUCAUUUUUCUGGUUAUAUUUUUGGAGUAAAAGCAUCUAAUUAAGACCUACUACCAUAUUCUAAAAAUCAAUUUGCUAUGGAUUUAUUCUAAGCACAAUUUAAGCUAGCUAUUAUGGAACACCUAAAUUAGAUAGAUUUUUAUGUAGAUAACAAUAAAAAUGA